UCCCAUUUUUUCUUUCCUAUUUCUCUUCAGAACCGAUUCGUUAAGAUUAUCUGGAGCGGCUCCAAUUUCAUCUCCUCCGCAAUUUCUCAGGUUCGCUCCCACCGUCAACUCCGAGAAUUCCCAAUUUUAGCCCCCAGGCGUUUUCUAGGGUUUCACUGCGUUUGUUUCUCCGCCGCUCGAGUUCGAUAAGUAGAUUUUCCUCCGUCUUCUUCGCCGGCCGGUCUCUAUGCAGGCGAUGAAUAUGAGUAUUCACGACCAAAUUAGGGUUCCGCAUGUGAAGCCUAGUAGUAGCCGGAGUGUUUGCCGUUUCUGGCAGCAGGGGAUAUGCAACCGAAGCCCUUGCAAAUUCGCUCACGGCGGAGAACUCCCGCCGAGGCCGCCGCCGCCCCGUUCUUCUCAUGUCUACCUCCGCGGAUCUCGUUCGGAAUCCCAAUCUAAGCCCGUUGGUGGCAGCGCGGCUCCGAAGAAGCGCGAAGAGAAGGUUUGUCGCGAUUGGAAGACUGGGAAUUGCAGCAGAGGAGACGACAAGUGCCGAUUCCUGCACUCCUGGUCACGAGGGGAAGGGUUUUCUAUGCUCGCGAGGCUGGAAGGGCAUAGCAACACUGCUGUUGUUUCGGGGAUCGCUCUGCCUUCCGGAUCUGAUAAGCUUUUUACUGGGAGCAGUGAUGGAGUUGUGCAAGCUUGGGAUUGCACAAGUGGUAAGAUUGUGGGCACCCUGAAUGCUGGUGGGAAAGUUGGGUGUUUGAUUACAGAAGGGGAAUGGCUCUUCGUGGGAUUGCCCAAUGUGGUGAAGGCGUGGAAUCUUCAAACCGGGGUUGAUUGCAGCCUAACUGGCUCAACUGGUCAAGUUUAUGCCCUGGAAGUUGGUAUGGGAUUCUUGUUCGCAGGUGGUUCACCAGAUGGCGUGAUUUUGGCGUGGAAAGGCGGCAGUAGUAGUACUGGUGAGCAACAAGGCAGCAACCCUUUUCAGCCUGCUGCAGCCCUCAAUGGCCACACCAGUGCUGUGAUAUCAAUUGAAGUUGGAGGAGGUGGGAAAUUGUUCUCUGGCUCCAUGGAUGGGACCAUCAAGGUGUGGGAUAUCAAAACCCUCCAGUGCAUUCAGACGAUUGAGAAAGGGCACGACAGCGCGGUGAUGUCCCUCCUCUGCUACUCAGACUUCCUGCUGUCGUGCUCGUUGGACCAGAAGAUCAAGGUGUGGGCUGCCACUGGCGAAGAUGGAAGGUUCGAGGCGGUGUACACGCACGAAGAAGGUGAUGGUGCGAUAUCAAUGUGUGGGGUGGAAGAUCCGGAUGGAAAGCCGGUUCUGUUGUGCUCGUGGAACGACGAUUCGGUUGGGUUGUACGAGCUGCCUUCCUUUGCCGAGAAGGGGAGGAUGUAUGCGAAAGGAGAGGUGAGGAGCAUCAAGGGAGGACCUGGAGGGCUGGUUUUCACUGGAGAUGCUACAGGUCUAGUGACUGUGUGGAAGCUGGCAGCAGGAGCAACAAGUGGAGCAGCCAUGGCAGAGUGAAUCCUUUGCCUUUGUAGGAUUUGAGAUACCAGAUCUCUUUUUGUUUAUAUUAAUCCAGGCUGCAUCAAGAUUUUGGAUGCAUUGGUGCAGCUUGUUAGUGAGGCAAAAACCAACACCUAAAAGAUCAAUGUGGGUUGUUGAUUCUUGUGAAUUCGACUUGUAUAUUAUAUAUAUAUACAGAUUCAUAUAUGCGCAAUGAAAGAUGAAGUACCAUUGAGGUUGAGGUUCCUUUUAUUCCCUACACUUUGUCAAUGCAUUUUGGGCCGCAUAGGUGCCGUCGGGCCUGGAGGUACUAUGGGCCGAAACCCAAGAUGGUUCCUGCAACUCCGGCCUUUCUAUGGCGUUUCGCCCGUGAUUUUCAACAAACGAUUUUCGCGUUGUGAUAAUUACAGCAAUUAAAAUUCUAAUCAUUGAUUGAUAUUGUUAUAUUUUACUGGAUUAAUGGUGUCAGUUGUCAUUAGAUUUUAGGGAGAUUAGAUUUAUGAAAUGGAAAGAGAGAAAGAAGAAUAUAUGGCUCGCUAAAAGUGAUUUAAGUGAGAGAGAGGGAGGCAGAGGAUGGGCCACCAUGGCCCACAUCUUUGUUGUCUCGGUGGAUCGUGACUGUGACAUCAACAGGCCCAUCUUCAUUAUUAUCUUCAAACAAUGACUUAUGGACACACUCAAUUUUGAUGUGUGUAUAUUAAAUAUUGAAAACGAAAUUAUUAAAACAAGAAAACAGUUUUCAUUCUCACAAAAAAAAAAAAAAAAAAAACAGUUUUCAUAUUAAGAUGAGAUCCUGCAACUCUCUUUGCUUAUUGAGAUUUUGUGUUACUUCCUCAUCAUAGCUUUUAUUUUCUUUUAUUAUCAAUAGAGGCGAGUAUAUGAGUGGUUAAUCUGUGACUUCAUGUUGGUGGAUCGUUAAUUGGAAUCUUUCUGUUCACAUUUAUAUGGGUGUUGGUGGAUGGAUUGUGAGAUAGUUUAAUGACUCGUACCAUAUAUUUCACAUGAUAAAUCUCUUUUUUUUAUAAGGAUGAUUUGGGUUUUUACUUUUUUUGUGAUUAUUAAGUACUAUUGAAAGAAUUGGAACCUGAAACAUCGAUGUUCUAGACUAAUGUUGUUAUACCACUAGACCAAACCUUGUUUAUCAAAAGCUUUCUAUUUUUUAUUUUUUAUUUUUUAGAAAUUUAUUAUUAAACUAGCAAUUCUGAAAAGAAAAUGCAUGUAAUAAAUGAACCUAACAAGGGCUGUCUGUUCCAACCACAAAAUGAAAAAAAAAAAAAAAAAACAACGGCUGUCCUGUACUAUAUACUGUCCCCCCACACUCUAUUAUUGUUUGUUUAUUUAUUUUGUUCCAACUAGAAAAGCAAAGCAAAGUCACAUCUGUUUCUUUCUUAUAUUCUAAUCAAAACCAGAACAAGUCUCGAUGGUCAUGGGGAUGCCUUACAAUUGUAGGGGAAGCAGUGCCCUCUCUCUGCCUCCCCACUGCCCUCUACCAUGAAGAAGAAAAGCAAAUCGGUACUGCACUUUGAUACCUUUGUUUAUUGCUGUUUGUUGUAUCAGAAUUUCAGAAUGGUCAUGUGGGAUAAUAGAUGUUAUGGGACUUCAUGGAAUGUGUAAGUUUAGAUGUUAAAUAAUUGUGUUGAUGGGUUGUCCAACUCAUAACUCAGAUGUCAGAAGGAAGAAAAUAACGAGAGAGAGAGAAAAAAAAUCCGACCCGAUUCGAUUUUGUUUCGAAUUUGGUGGGAGCACGAAGAAUGGUUAACACGUAAAUACGAUAAUGUCAUGUGGUUUUGAUAGGCAAAGAAAAUUAAUAACCCUGUAAUGACUUGUGGAGCUACUAUUUACUUGUUUUUUUUACAUGUAAUACCACAUUAGACAAAUCAGCAAAAGAAUACGCAUUAGACAAAUCUCAUAUCGUCAAAUUAAGGGAGAAAUUUAUGAUUCAUAAAAAAAACGUACAACCUUAACUGAUAAGGUGCAAUUUGGUACGAAACCAAUGAAAUCCGGUAAGAAUUGUAAAGUUAAAUAUACUUAGUGAAACAAUACAAUGAUGAGUGACUUCUCGAAAUGUCACUAUAAUGCACCCCCAAAAGAAAACCGUAACGAAUGACCACAUAGCAGACAAUAUCUUUCGUAUUAAAAUCCAGAUAGUAACAAAUACCAUGGUAAAUUUCCUAUCUCCGGGAAAGGAAAUAAAAAAAAAGGAAAUAAAAUGGAGAUAUGGGCCAGAUAUACUGAUAAACACUCCCAUCCAUCCUCUGGUGUGGACUGUGGUAUACUUCUUCUUCUGUUCACUUGUUUAAGGUGGGGAAGAGGGCAGAAACAUGCAUAUGAUGAUUUUUAAUCAAUUAAUAAAGCUAAAAUAAACAAAGACCAUUUCUUUUUCUAAACUGAUUGGUUUGUUUGUUUGUUUGGGAGUGUGUCAUUUUCUCCCUCUCUUUCUCCCUCUAUCUCUUUAUCCUGUUAUCUCCUUCCCUGUGUGUAGCUGUUGAACAUUUGCAGUGAGUGACCACUCUGGGUUUUGAGAAGCCAGUUGAAAAAGGAUAUCCUUUUUAUAAAGGUGAUGUUACUGUUCAAAGUGUUCAUUUUCGCUUUCCUCCAUCCUUUUUUUUUUAACUUAAAAAGGCAAAACACACUGUUUAGCACCACAACCUCUGACUUUCUUUUUAAUGUUGAUUCAUCCAUUCAUUCGUUCAAACACAAAAUCCUCACUAAUUAUUGCUUCACAGCUUCAGCUUCUGUUGGUGCUCUUGCUCUUGCUUCCCCAUAAUUGUCUGCCAUCUCUCUCUCCUUCUUCUCUCUCUCUACAUAUUUAUGGCUCCUUAUAAUUGUACUUUCACCUACUGCUCCUUUUAGUAGUAAAAACUAGGAGAGAGUAAAGAGUACCAUACUUGCCCACUUGCUGGCUUGCUCUCUCUUCUCUCUGUGGUGUGGAUAUGUGUUUCUCUUCAUCUUUUCAAGUUUUUUCAACCCUUUUGUUGCUGCAACCAGCACUGAAAUUCAGCAUCAUCUGAGGCUACUUCCCUUCUUUUGCUCCCUCCCCAAAAGUGGAUUUCUUUCUGGUUUCCUCCAUGAAGCGAACUUCUCUUCUCUCGGGCUCAGAUUCCAUUAUCACUCCCGUGUAAGCUACUUUACUUUUCUUCCAAAGCCCAGUCUUUUCUUCCCUUUCUCUCUUUUCUUGGUGUAAUUUGGUUUGUACUUUGUUGGGUUUGUGAUGAAUCUCUGUGUUUCUGAGUCAUGGUUGCUGAGAUUUAUGUUGAUGUCCCCAAAAUUUGUUCAAUUCUGACAUCUUAUCCUGUUCCCUAUGUUGUGUUUUCACUUUUCUGAUGUGGGUUUUCUUUGUUUCACCUUUGCCAUUCUUUUCUGCUUCUCCUUUGAAAUUGAAGUGCUAAAGCUAACCCGGGCUCUUUGUUCUAUUCGCUUAGACUUGGUCAGAUUCACUAACCCUUUCUGCUCAAACAGUUUACUGGUAGUACAGCAGAAAGCUGGUUGAGCUUGUUAUAUCUUUCAAAAGCUUUGACCUUUAUCAGCUGAGUAAUGAAUGAUGUGGUUGAGGUUCUUUGUGCUUGUUGUAGUUGGAGAUUCAGUGGCUGUUUGAAUACUGUCUUGUGUAGUGGCUCAUCUAUACUCAACCUCUGAUCUGAGAUCAACCAAUGGUCUAGCAUCUGGGGUUGAAACAUUUUCCAAAUCAUCAGCUUCAUGCUUAUCAGGAAGCAUGAAGAAAUCUGGGUAGGAGUAGGCCCUCUAUGCUGUUUGUUUUUGCUGUUCCGUAAUCAUGAAACUGCUCCAUAAUUGGACUAGUUCUCAUUCUUAAGUAGUAAAUUCAAUUCUAUGCU